AGUGAUAUUAAUUAUGAAUUAAAUCUCAUUUAUUUGACAACUCAUCAUGAUUAUGAAGUUAUAACCUCUGUAUUUAUUUGGAUUUCAAAAAUAAAUAAAAAAACCUCUGUAUUUAUUUGGAUAUGUAUAACUUCUUUGAUUGUUUCCAAAAAAAAAAAAUAAAAAAAAAAAACUUCUUUGAUCGAUGGAAUUAAAUUCUUCCGCGUGGGCCAUAGUACGACAACAUUUAUCUCCUCUAUAUAAGUCUUUUGAAGCCUUUUGAGCAGGUGAAAUCAACACAAAAAGAAAUCAAACCUUCAAGCCAUGGCCAUCUCCAAGACUCUGUUCGCUCCAAUCCUCAUUUCUCUCAUCCUUUUGCACCUUGUUGAAUCAAAUGCCAGGAUGGACAACACCAUGGUGGAGAGCCCAAGUCCAAGUCCUUCCUCAUCAAUCAUGGAUUGUGGCAGCGCUUGUGAUGAGAGGUGCAAGUUAUCUUCAAGGCCAAAUCUAUGUAAGAGAGCGUGUGGGACUUGCUGUGAGCGGUGCAAUUGCGUGCCUUCGGGGACUUACGGUCACUAUGAAGAGUGUGCUUGUUAUGCCAACAUGACCACCCACGGUGGUAGGCGCAAGUGCCCUUAAUCAAUCGUCACAUAAUAAUUCAUCUAUGCAUGUGAUUCUCUCAAAAUUGAUGUAUUAAUAUGAAUUCAAUUGUUAUUCAUACAUUCAGUUGUGAUAUGUAUGUAAUAAUCCACCUAAAAAUAAAGUUUUCUUUCUUCUGAA